GAGGUCUGGGAGUGGCGCCGAUGCCCGGCGGGCGCGGCACGGCGUGAAGCCACGUCAGGGACGCGGGCGGGCUGGCUGGCACGCAGGGGGAUCUGAGGCGCGCCGGGGUCGCCGCAGCGAAUCUUGGCUCAGCCCGGCUCCGGGGACGGCGUUUGGGCACCGGCUCGGCGGCGCUGGGCUCGGAACCCGCCUCCGGGCUGGCGCCCGCGGCCCCCCCCAGCCGGGCCUUGGCGCUGCCGCCUUGAUUGUCUUCCUCCCGGGCCGCGCUCGCCCGUCGGACACGUCCCGGGCAAGGCCACGGCUGGGGCUCGGGGGCAGGAAGGGCCAACCCGGGCUGCCCGGUCUUAGGGCCGGGAGAACUCCCCUGACACAAUCGUAGCCGCUCUGCUGCCGCUUCCCCAGCUCAGCACCAUGUCGGAGGGCUGGGUGGACUGCCCCACCCUGGGGCCCGGAUGGAAGCGCCGGGAGGCCUACCGCCGAUCCGGGGCCACCUGUGGACGGACGGACACCUACUAUCAGGGCCCCAACGGCGAGAAAUUCCGCAGCAAGAUCGAGCUCACCCGGUUCCUGGGGCCCUCGCAGGACCUGACCAACUUCGACUUCAAGAACGGCGUGCUCCGCGACCCGCCCCCCAAGGUCAAGAAGGCCCAGAAGAGACGCCUCUCGCUGUCGGAGCCAGAACCCCCGACCCCCCCUGAGCAGCCGCCCCCCAAACAGCAACCCAUGAAGCCGGAGCCCCCGGAGCAGCCGCCCCCGCCCCUCCCGGAGCGACGCCCCCGCAAGCGCCCGGCGCCCCUGCUGGAACCCCAGGAAGCGGCGCAAGAUGCCGUAGUGGCAUGCUGCGCCAGCUGCCAGAACUACUUCCCCGGGGUGAUGCUGCCCAGCCAGAGACGCUGCCGCUGGCUGUGCCCGGACUGCCGAGCCCAGAGAAGAGACUUCAACAGGGAGCAGCGGUUCUUCAAGCGGGUGGGCUGCGGGGCCUGCCAGGCCUGCCAGAUCCCCGAGGACUGCGGCAUCUGCACCGUGUGCACCGUGCGGGCCAAGAACCCCGAGCUCCGGAUCGGCAGGAAAUGCCUCCUGCGCCGCUGCCUGAAAAUCGUCAAGAAGGGCUUCGGCUGCGGCGUGUGCCAGGGCUGCCAGGCCACCGAGGACUGCGGCAGCUGCUACAUCUGCCUGCGGAGGCUGAAGCCGGGCCUGAAGCGGCAGUGGAAAUGCCUGAAACGCCGCUGCCUCAAGAAGAAGCAGAAGUCGGUGGUGGCGAAGAAGGCCGGGUACGGCCCCCGGAAACUGACCGUAGAGAAGGAGCGCCCGCCGGGCGGGGAGCUGCGGUUCCUGGCGGAGAAGGGGGUCGCCGAGGCGCCCGGGCAGCUGGUGCUGCUGAAGGAUCGGCCACGCAGGGACUUCGUCCUGCUCCGCGACGCCCCCCCGAGCUUCCCCCUCCUGCUGCAGCAUGUGAAGGAGGAGCCGGCCACACCCCCGCCCCCCGGCCGGCUGGAGGAGCCGGCCCCCACCCCGGUCCUCGCCGCCCCACCCCUGGUGAAGCAGGAGAAGGUGGAGCCCGGAUGGGACCUUGCACCGGUGCCGGCGGGGGUGCCCCUGCGGAUGGAGGGCCGGGCGCUGGCCAGGGAAGUGGUGGUUCUGGACCCAGCUGACAAGGACGAGGAGGACGAGGAACGCACCCCGGUGAUCAUGGAGAUCUACAGCCUGGGGGCGCUGGCGGGGCGGGCGCCCCUGGACCCGGUGCUGCGGGAGUUCCUGGCCGAGCUGCAGGAGAUCCCCUUGCCGGCCCACUGGGAGGUGCAGCCGCCCCUGGGGGGGCCCGACCUGCGGCUGGUCCAGCGCUCGGCCCGCUCCACCAUGGCCGCCACCGUCAUCCACAUCCGCCCGGGGCUCUUCUUCCAGGUGGUGGUGCGCCAGCUGCCCGUGCCGCCCGAGCACGAGGUCUACGCCAGCCACCCCGCCCGCCUCACCACCGUGGACGAGGUGGUGGAGCUGAUCUGCGACCUGGAGGCCUAUCGGCUGUGCCCGGGCUGGCCGGCCGGCUGGCACGCGGGGCAGCGCUCCCAGGCCUGCGACGUGCUGGUGUACGCGGGCUGCUGCCCCCAGUGCCGCCUCAACCCCUGGCCCUCGGGCAGCGCCGGCCCCUAGGCCCCCCCGCGCCCCCAGAGCUUCUAUUUUUGACACUGGAAUCGGCUGGACCCGGCCGGGUCGGGGAGGGGGGGGGCAGGGGGGGGCGGCCGGGGGGGGGACGGCGUCAGUUUGUUUUCGUUGCUUGCUUGUCCCUCUCCAGGCUGCGGGAGGGCUGAAGGGACCCCCCCCCCACUGUGGUCACAUGAGCAGCUCUAGCCAAUGAGCUCUGUCCCCAUAGGGCCCCCCCAGGCAGGGCAGAGGGCUCCUUCCUCCCGAGCCCCCCCCCGCUCCCUUUGCAGUGACUGGGGGGGUAGGGAUUUCAGACCCCAUCUUAAAUUGCUUUAACCCCCCCUCGCCCAUUGGCCUGGGUCUUCCACCUCCCCUGCCCUUUGGGGGGGGCAGACCCAUGCUAGCUUCUCCCCCCCAAGCGAUUGCUUCAUCUCCAGCAUGGGGGGGUCGCUCCCCCUUUCUUCCCCAGUUUAGGCUCCUGUUUUA